CAGAUCUCAAAUCUAAGCAGUAAGUUACUAGCCGAACUAAAAGCUCUAAAAACCAGAGCCAAGUCGACCGAAGAUUCAGUAAACCACAUUGUACAACUUGGUGAGAUCAAAAAUCAAGUUUGCAUUUCUGAGGAAUCACUGAUUUCUCAUAUCCAUGACGCAAGUCGCCAAGAAUGAAGAUUCUCAAUCACAAACAGAAUCUAAUGAGCGCACGUUCACCGAAGUUACAGUAAACAACGUUGACUUGCAGACUCUCCAAAGUACUGCAACUGAAGAAAUUACAGCAGAGGCAAGGGAUCAGACUUUCACCGUGAAUACGCACAACAGAUUUGCAGUACUUGACCCUCAGUUUCCAAAGAGACAAACACAGGUG